CUAAUAUAUUCAUAAAGAAUGAUUGAGAGAAUAGCAUUUUUUUUGCGAUGAAUAAAAUUUAUUUUCUGAUAAAAUUGCUUUUAAAUAGAAAGUAUUAAAUUUAAGAAGGAAAAGUUUUUAAAAAAUGAAUCAGUUUUCAAGUUAAAGCUUUGUGAGAGUAAAUAGUUCUGCUGAAAUAGAGGAUAGAAUUAGCUUGCUUGGUAAUGUAGAGGUAUAUAAUGAAGAAGAGAAUUCAAGUCAACCAUAACUUAAAUAUAUUAUGUAAUCCUUUUUUUGAAUAUAGGAGUUAAAACUCCCCUGUUAUUAUUGAUGAACCUGUAUAAAAUAUUUCUAAGGAGGAAAUUCAUAUGAAUUCAACUGAAUAAAAACUAAAUAACUCAUUUCAGAAUGACUUGUAAAUUUAAAGUUAUAAACAACCUAAUGAUAAUACAAAUUACUAUAACAAAAAUGAAUAAAAAAGACCUUUAAGAACAAGGAGAAAAAUUAAUUUGAAUUCAAGUACGAUUAAUUUUCAAUCUGAUAAUAAUUCAUCAUCUUAAAAUAUUUGUAAUAAUGCUUGCAAAUGUACAAAAUCAAAUUGCUUAAAAUUAUAUUGUUAAUGUUUUCAUUAAAAUUAAAAUUGUUCCGAUAUUUGUAAAUGUAUAGAAUGUAAAAAUAGAUUAGAGCAUUUAGAAAUUAGAUUCAAUGCUCUAGAAAAAAUUAAAUAAAAAUUACAUAGAUAAAAAAAUGAUGAUGAUCUAUUUGAUAGAUCUAAAAUUUGGGGAUGUAAAUGUUAAAAAUCUUAAUGCUAAAAGAAUUAUUGUGAAUGUUUUUUAAGAAAAUAGAAAUGCUCUUCAAAUUGUAGAUGUAAAGAUUGUGCAAAUAAAAAGCGAUUCCCAUUUUAAUAAAAAAAAAAAUAAAAAAGAUGA